GUGCCCUGAGUUCCCCUAAUUUUUGUUGCCUGGCCAUAUGAGAGUACCAUCAAAACACGGACUUGUCCCUGAGCCUAAGUCCCAAAACUGCAGAUCUCAGGCGGCGCAUUGCUUACGGCCGCCUGACAACGGCACCAACGGGAAGCUUGGAAAGAGGGAGGACACCAUCAUUAGGGCUCGAGCUGUCGUGCGUUUCAUCAGAGAGUACGGGGCGGCUCUCAGCCUUUAUCGGCGGUUCUCUGCCGCCCACCCCUCUUCCGCCUCCGCAGUUGCGGCCAGUUCCAGCGUUGCGCCGCCCUUGUCUCAGCGGCGAGGCAGAGAGCUUGUGUACCCCGCACAGGCGAGGUUUGCGACGCACUACUUGAUGCUUGAGAGGUUGUUGGAUCGUCGCCGGGCGUUGGAGGCAUUGAUAAUGAGCGACGACUGGUUACGGACUGCAUGGAGGAGAUUCGUUUUAUUGCAGGCCAGGUGGGUGCGUCAUCAGGUGCUGUACGCGCCAUUUUGGGAGCACGUGGAGAACAUCGUGGAGCUGAUGAUGCCUGUGAUGCAGCUGCUAUGCCGUUUGGACAGAGGGGGGCGCGUGAUGACUCGCAUGUGGUCGUGGGCGCUUGCCAUGGUUGACAGGGUGGCGAGGGCGAGACAGAACAGGCCGUCGAUGGAGAAGCUCAACAUUAUUGUUCAGGCUUACGACCUAGCAGUGGAGUCAGAGCCCGGAGAUUCUGAUGAUGAUCGCGACGAUGGUCCUCUCGCCGAGACGUUGCGUCCUCGGACGUGUGCUUUCACUGCAUCCGCUGUGCCGCGUCCCCUUACCCCUCCACCUCCGCCUUCGAGUGCUCCUGCUUCCACUACAGCCGCUGCGCAGCAUCCCCUUCCACCUACAGAUCGUCCUGGACAUGGCGAGCAAGGGACUCAAGAGAUUGUUGACGAGGGAGACGAUGACGACGACGGUGACAGGGAGGGGUACGAGAGCAGCAGUGAGGACGAGGAUGAUCCCGGCUAUUCCCCGACACAGGGACGUGGUGAUGACGACGGCGACAGCGGCGAUGGUACACACCAUGCAGGUGGUUUGCAAACGUUGGCUCGACAGCGUGCCGACCGAUGCAGUGGUGCAGGCAGGGGAGGCAGUGGUGCAGGCAGGGGUGUGGGGGUGCACGACACACAGGGGGUGCAGGCCGUGGUGGCGGAGGACGGGCGAGGCGAGAGAGAGGUCGGCGCCGGGUCGGCAAAGUUUGGUGCUCCGUCGGCAGAGGCUGCUGCAGAGGCCGCUCCCGCCGCUGCAGAGUUUGCACCGGCGUCCGAGGAGGUCGCAGGCGGGUUUUCAGAGGUUGUUGGCGAGGCUGCACAGGUUCGGAGGGCUUCUACGCAGUUGGGUGCCAGUUUCAGUGGUAUUUUGGAUGUCUCGUUAGGGCUUCCUCCGACACCAGCAGGCAAGCGUGGCAGUGGUGAUGCGGACGCAGCAGCUACGCCCGUCUGUCAGAUACUCAGGGACAUACCUUCAUGCAGCAUGGGUGACAUCAGUAGCAGCAUGUUGCAAGAGGCAGCUGAGGGGACACAGGGUUCGUCGGGGCAGCAGGAGCGUGCAGUAGGGAAUGAUGGGGAUUGUCGACAUGUGCAUGAGCGAGCACCAGAGUCCGAGCAGGAUAGGAUCGACCGCGAGGAGAGGGAAAGGGCGCAGUACUUGGCUAGCCGUUGCGAGAUGACACAGAGUAUUGCGUCGAGGGCACAGGCAGAGCGGAUGCUCGAGACGGGCGGUAGUGAGGGUCAUCGUGCGACGGACGAUGCAGUGCUUGAGUAUGGCAGUACGGGCGGUGGGGAUGCAGGCGAGAGACCCGCGUCACCGGUUCAGGGUGUUUGUAUAUUGCCUAUUGGUGGAGCCAUGACGGCGGGGGAGUUGGAGCGGCAGGCACGGGAGGACCCAUUGCAGGCAAAUCGGCGCGGACGGAUGGAUGAGGCGUCGAGGAGGUUAAUGGCAGAGGGCCUAGCUUACGUGUCGUGCAGCCCGUCACUGCCAUCGUCCGCCACAGGUGCCACUACCCCCGGACAUGCUGAGGGUCCAAUCACAGGACGGAUUCCCGCAUGGACACCUGCAGAGUCUCCGUCUCCCAAAUCACGGAAGAAGAAGAUGAGAGCAAGUAAGAGUCUUAGUACUGUGAGGAGGGUGACGCAGACAAUGCGGGAGAGUCAGCCCGGGUUGGCCGGUUUACAUCCGCGGACUCGGGAGGCAUUGGCCGGGGACGUUGUCGCGGAGACAGCAGGUUGGCGGGAGAGGGCCUCCACUCGGGCGACGGAGCAGCCCAUCUGAGGCGGCGAUGCGACGUACUAAGGGGCAUACAACACGU